GUUUCAUUUUUUAGGAACCCCCAAUUUCUUGAUCCGCAGGAGACCUUCGAACACUAUGAAAAUCGAAGUCGUCCAACCUCUUCACUUUCCUUCGAACCUAUAGGCUCUCAUGGAAGGCUAGCAUGUGAAUAUCGAGCCGCUCCUCCUCCAUCAGCUUCUCAUGGAAGGCUCGCUUGUGAGUAUCGAGCCGAACCAGCACAGCCAGGCUCAAAUGGAGUGAUGGCGUGCGAAUAUCGAGCAAAUCCCGUU